AUGAAAGCAGCCGCGCUUUUCCAACGACUGUUGCAUUUGGCUUUUCUUUUGGGGUAUGUUCUCAUCCAUGGGGCGGAGGCACGUGCCUCGUCGGAAUCGGAGCUACUCUGCUCUCCGUUGGCGAUAGAACCGCACCAGAAAUCCUUCUGUGUCAUCAAUGUGCGAGACUCGCAACAAGAGCCCACCAUGGCAUUUGACGUGGACGAAUUCUACGUGACAACUCACAGCUCCGUGCCCAAGGCCGCACUUGAGGUGAGCCGGCUGCGGCGUGGCGACGACGUGACAACGGUGGUGUUUGAUGUUUCCGCCUCGGAAGGCACAACCAUCAUAGUAAACGUGAUGCACGCGUCGGGGCUUCAAGGUACCCCAAUUCGCAACAGUGGCUUAGUGGUUUCUGUCUUGACUUUGACAGCGGUGCGCAUGGGGCCCAUUGCCUGCGACCUCCCCGCAGUAGGCCUAUUUCUUCGUGGCACCACAACCUGUAGAGCGGCCUUGUACGGUGCAGGCAAUCGUCGUGCGGUGGUAAAUCCAAGGGAUGUAACAUUUGUCGAAGAGAAUAAUUUGGGUUUCUUUCACUUUGUUUCUGGCAAAGGGGAUCUUGUUUUUAACUUCACGGCUGCAAGUGUUCCAAGCACGUCAGUGGCCGACUUCACACUACGUGUGGCGCUUAAAGGCAGCACCCAAGUCUAUUCCACCAGGUUUCCUUUAUUUUACCCGGAAUUGUAUCCAGUGGCGCUUUUUUCCACGCUGUUGUGUUUCAAUGAAACUGUUCCCAUUGCCUGCACGUUGCGUGCCCGGGACCGCGUAGGCCCCGUUCAACUGAAGCUGGAUCAUUUUCGAAUAACCUUUGAGAUGCUCGAUGUCGACUCAGUAGGGGACAAAUGGGUGGAUAACACGAAUGACUUUUACACUUCUGCUCGUACACUGAGCCAAACGGAUACAGCAGUUUUUUCCUGGGAACUUAAAGUCAAUGAUGCCAUCAAUUCACAACGCUUGCAUGUAUAUCUUGUCUCAAGUGCGGUUGGGAAUGACACGAAGAGACUGGAAGAGCUGCGAGGUUCACCGUUCGUGUUUGUUUCAGGAGUGAAGCCUAACGCAGUCUAUGUUUCGCUGCGGGGCUGUAGAGUUUCUGCAAUCACCAGCGGUAAUCGUACGCAGUGUUUCAUUGACCUUCAUAACGGCGUCAGUGGCGAUGUGCGGUAUUUCCAUCUUGCCAGUGCACUUGGCGCGCGAUUUGAAAACAUAAAAUAUCUUCCCCUCGACCCCGUAUUUAAGCUCCCGGUGGUGACUUUUGUGUACGUGGCACCCAUCUUGUCUGCCCGCUUGGAGGACGUCGUCACGCUUCUUGUGGGUGGCCAAAGCGCCAUCCGAUCGCCGUUUCGCAUCACCGUCUUUCCAUCGCGCAGCCCCACCGGUGACGAAGAUUCCGAUAGUGCCAGGGGAAACAACGCCGUGGUCAUUGGCGUUGGACUUGCAUUCUUUGGCGUAGUCAUUGGCACGGGGCUAUUUCUAGCCCUACAACGCACCCUGCGCUUCAAUCGUAUCCGCCAACUGCGAGCGAUGCAUAAAGUGCAACCGCUACCAACGGAGGAAGAGGAAGCGGCGGAGUCCUCGGCGGUCGGUCAGGUAGGCAUUGAGCCUGUACCGCAGGUGAAGAAUCACCAUGAGUCAGAAAGUGACUGA